AUGGGCGCGGCCAACAGCGUGCGCAAGCUCACGAUCGACAGCAUUGCGCUGCUGGAACAGCUCGAGCCCAACAAAGCCGAGCUGGCAGCCAAGCGUGCGGUGCGGCGCCGCGUGCAACAGUUGCUCCAACAAAAGUGGCCUACUUGUCGUGUGUUGCCAUUCGGGUCGUCCGAGAGUGGUCUGGGCUUUGGAGGGUGCGACGUCGACCUCGGUAUCUACUUCGAGGACGUAGAUGUGGACGCCCAGGGUCAGUUCUCGCCUCAGGAGCGCGUGAAUUUGCUCGCCACAGCGUGCGAGCGCCUCUCCGGAGCAUUCCAAGUGCUGGAAUUCGUCCGCAGUGCGCGCGUGCCUGUGAUCAAGCUCUGGGACACGAAGCGACAGGUGGCUUGUGACGUGUGUGUUGGAGGCAUCAAUGCGCUGCUCAACACAGCGCUGCUUAAAUACUACGGCCAGGUGGAUCCUCGAGUGCGUCCGUUGGUGUUUGCUGUCAAAUAUUGGGCCAAACAACGCGGUAUUAACGACUCUGCUAAUGGAACACUGAGCUCCUACGGAUAUACAUUGUUGCUGAUCUUCUACUUGCAGUCACAUUACGCGGAGAUGCAGCUACCAGAGGUGCUCUCACUUUUCCAGGAUCUUCAGUCCCAGACGAAGGUCUCCGUGCUGCUUGAACGUAUGCAGGCAUUCCCAACGAUAGAGCUGCCGUCCACAUUUGGCACGUCGGAAAUGAACUCGGUCGGUGCAUUACUUGCAGGAUUUUUCGACUUUUACGCCCGUCGCUUUAAUAUGGAAGACGACGUCGUGAGUAUCCGCACAGGAAGGGCGUUAUCGAAGACAACUAAGUGGAGUCACCCCGUGUCCUGGCGACUGAGUAUUGAGGAUCCGUUUGAGCUGGCGCACGAUGUUGGGCGUGUGAUUUUCCACCGAAAAUGUCAGGAGCUAAUUCGCUCGGAGUUUAAACGUGCAAGCGAGUUACUUAGUGAAGAUCAUCGUCUCGAGGAGAUCUGUGUACCUGACGAUACAUCGUGGAACAUCAUGUCGACGUGCUACAUUUGCCGUGGUAGGGACCACGCCACUCGCGACUGUGGCCAACUAGUGCAUCAGCGAUCGACGUCUGGUGGCUGUAGCAAUGCCACGCUACAUUUCUCGGACUGCUGGUAUUGUGGCGAGUAUGGUCACUACAAAGCGGAGUGUCCGAUGCUCUUCUUCCGAGAUAUCCCUCGUCCGGUCGAAAUGGCUAAAGCUGACGAUAUCUUGGCAGCAGAAGCGACGUCUGAGUCAGAUCCAGGCCCGCUCGUGGGAUUUGCAUCGGCUUCAUCGCCCAUCGCGAUCCCAUUUUCUCCGACUAUGAAGAUGAUAUCGCCACGCGUCUGCCAGCUACGUCCCUGGGAACAAGGACUCAGUCCGCACAGCUCGCCGAUGCUACGCUUGUCCAGGAAGAAGAAGCGUGCGCGUCAUGGCUCCUUGUCGACAUCAUCUUCCUCUUCGCCAGUACCAUCAUUGAACUCACCGUCUGGAGGCCAGUCGCAGUCGUGGAAGCGGCAACAACAGCAUCGCUAUCAACAGCAGCGACAUGAGCAGCGUCGUCGCAAUUUUGCGCUACUGGAACCGACGCGGAAGUGCGGUGGCAACGCUCGUAGUGGGAGACCGUACGUCGGUAAGGUACUGUGUCCGUCCUAG